AGUAUGUCGCCAUUGGAACGCAGCAUUGGUAUAAGCUUGUAGCGAUUGGCGUUUAGUUCUUAACUUGUAAGUUUGAAGCAGUCGUCUCCAGUCUUGCGGGAGUUGCAACAUUGGAAGCCCUGUGUCGUAGUCUGCGACAAACACGUGCCAGCUACAUGAAAACAUGGCUGGCCUUUGCGUUCCUUUCGGUCUUCGCUGCUAUGAGCGUGGCAGGCUCACAAGCUUGCCCGGGCGUGACCGGCUACACAUUUUAUAAGUCACAGCAAGUGGAUGAUGCAGUUGUCCUGCCCACCCAAAGUUCAGCGCAAAGCGUCUCUGGCAUCGCUUCUGAUUGCGAAGACACACCCCGCUGCAAUGCUUUCAAUACACGUGGGGAUCUUAUGAUAGUUCCUCUAGCACCCAUCCUCACCAACGAUGUUGCUGCUAUUAAACCGUGUGACGGCAUAUACAUUGCCCCGCGAUCUCUCAGCGGCUUUGUACCACCGGACGGUAUUGAUGACGCCACGCUCCAUGUCGCGAGCACCAUGACUUACAUGAACAUGGCAGCUGCCAUAUCUGCAGCCCAAAAGGUAGCAGCCUCCUUGUCCUCCGGCGGCUCCAAGGUGCUAGAUGGGGGCGCUGCUGCUACAGCCGACAUCUUCAGCGCCUUCCAGGCUACCAAGACCCCGAUGGCUCAAGUGAGCAGCGUGGCUGGCAACUACACAUUUGACGACGUCGUUGCCGCCAUCAUUGCCCCGGCCUGGGAUUCCCGUAACGCUUUUGAUGGCAGCACCCACAAUUACAUCAGUGCGGUCAAGGACCAACGCAGUUGCGGCUCCUGUGUUGCUUUUGCGGCCACAGCUACUGUGGAGGCGGCGGUUGCAGCGGUUAGCAAGAUGAUAACCAACACCAACGACUAUUCGGAGCAAUGGCUUUUCUUCUGCAACGGCCUCUAUGCGCCGUCUUGCAGCUACGGCUGGCACGCCGGUCAGGCAGCUGACGUCAUCGUACGGAAAAACAUACCGUACGAAAUCAACUACAAGUACACUGCGGCCCCUAGCUGCACCCUGACCAGCCCGCCGGAGCAGCGUGCCGGCGGCAGCUUCACCAGCAUCCGUUACAGUGACCUAACCCUGGCCAAGCAGCACAUCCGUGACUACGGUUCUGUGAUGUCGUACUUUGCGGUGUACAACGACUUCUUCUAUUGGACCGCGUCCUCACCGCCUUAUGUGUGGAACAAGGUCAGCGCCUUGGCAGGCUUCCACCAAGUUUCCGUCAUUGGUUACAACGACACGGGGUCCUACUGGAUAGUCAAGAACAGCUGGGGGACGUCCUGGGGCGACAAGGGCUACAUCCGCAUGUCGUACAACGCGGGUGUGGGGCUGAUGUGCGGUACGAUGGAUAACAUCAUCGGCUUCACUUGGAAGCCCUCGGGUCCGUUUUCCCCUCCCCCGCCACCGUCGCCUCCCUCGCCAAUGCCUCCCUCACCCAAACCUCCUCCGCCCCCACCUUCCCCGAAGCCUUCGCCCCCACCAUCUCCCAACCCCAACCCGCCACCUUCCCCGAAGCCUUCGCCCCCACCAUCUCCCAACCCCAACCCGCCACCUUCCCCCAAGCCCUCGCCACCGCCUUCUCCCAACCCGAAUCCGCCGCCUUCUCCCAAGCCCUCACCCCCACCUUCUCCCAACCCGAAUCCGCCGCCUUCCCCCAAGCCCUCACCGCCGCCUUCUCCCAACCCCAACCCGCCGCCUUCCCCCAAGCCCUCACCACCGCCUUCUCCCAACCCCAACCCGCCACCUUCCCCCAAGCCCUCGCCACCGCCUUCUCCCAACCCGAAUCCGCCGCCUUCUCCCAAGCCCUCACCCCCACCUUCUCCCAACCCGAAUCCGCCGCCUUCCCCCAAGCCCUCACCCCCACCUUCUCCCAACCCCAACCCGCCGCCUUCCCCCAAGCCCUCACCACCGCCUUCUCCCAACCCCAACCCGCCGCCUUCCCCCAAGCCCUCACCCCCACCUUCUCCCAACCCCAACCCGCCACCUUCCCCCAAGCCCUCACCACCGCCUUCUCCCAACCCCAACCCGCCGCCUUCCCCCAAGCCCUCACCACCACCUUCUCCCAACCCGAAUCCGCCACCAUCCCCCAAGCCCUCACCCCCACCUUCUCCCAACCCCAACCCGCCACCUUCCCCCAAGCCCUCACCACCGCCUUCUCCCAACCCCAACCCGCCGCCUUCCCCCAAGCCCUCACCACCACCUUCUCCCAACCCGAAUCCGCCACCAUCCCCCAAGCCCUCACCCCCACCUUCUCCCAACCCCAACCCGCCGCCUUCCCCCAAGCCCUCACCACCACCUUCUCCCAACCCCAACCCGCCACCUUCCCCCAAGCCCUCACCACCACCUUCUCCCAACCCGAAUCCGCCACCAUCCCCCAAGCCCUCACCACCACCUUCUCCCAACCCCAACCCGCCGCCUUCCCCCAAGCCCUCACCACCGCCUUCUCCCAACCCCAACCCGCCGCCUUCCCCCAAGCCCUCACCACCACCUUCUCCCAACCCCAACCCGCCACCAUCCCCCAAGCCCUCACCACCACCUUCUCCCAACCCCAACCCGCCGCCUUCCCCCAAGCCCUCACCACCGCCUUCUCCCUCGCCAAAGCCGCCGCCUUCCCCUAAACCACCAGCCAACGUCGGAAGGAGGAGGUUCCGCAGGCACUUUGAGUAAGGCCUGGGAAUAAGCAUCGUACGUGUGCAACCCACGUAGCGUGAAGCUCAGCUUUUACAAGGCCUAAUGCACGGGCAUAAUGUACACAGUGCUGGGGGCGCUCUUGUAGAUCAUGCGCAUAAUCCCGUUCAUUGUUGACUGUUGUUGUUGGGUUGUGACCGUCACACAGCUACCGGAUGCGAAGCCCUUUUCAAGGCCUAAAAGACAGAUGACGAAUUGCAGGGGUAGCUAGACAGGUGAUGGCGUCCUAGAAAGCAGCAUGCCCCACUCGUCUUGCUUGGUUAAGUCAUAUCGUGAUUAGUUCAGCUGGUUGCGGCUAGCCCUCCACCGCUAGCUUUCGCAGCGUUCGAAUCUUAUUUGGCACUGUUCGUGAAGACUGAUUAGGUUUGUUAGCUAUUGCGUUACUGCAUGUGCGCCACCGUUGCGUGCAUAAUCCAUGUUGUAAACCAUUGUUAGGGCACCAGCGCACGUACGGCGGGGGUCCGGUAUGAUGAUGGACGCAUUUGGUGUCACUGACCCAUGGGUCACGGUCUCAUGCUUCGCUAGCUACAUACCGUACGGACGCGAGGUUCUGUUAAUUGCAGUCGGUAUGUUAGGAAGCCCACUUCCAGCGCAGGCGGGCUCACCGCUAGGUGCAAUGCAUGACGACGUUUUCAUGGCAAUGCAUGGUUUCUGGGCUUUGCGGCAAUUGAAUGAACAGCGGUUGAUCACUGAAACGUUUUGUGGCGUAACAACACCUAUAUUUGCUAAGGGCAUACAUGUACUGUGACCAAGUCCCGCCUACAUGCGGCCGCUGCAGAUGGCCUGCGGAUCAUAGGCCGGGGGGAGGUUUUAGGGCAGGGGAGGUUGUUGAGGCAAGGGGCGUAUUAAUAUACCCGUUAAUUAGGGAGAAGAGGAGGCGUGGGGAGUAAGGACGUGUGCACGCCAAAACACCCAACUCAGGUCUACCGGUCUACUCGUGCGACCGGUCCCCUACGUAGUGGGUAAUGGCUGCUUGGGCUCGCGCGCUGACGUGUGCCGCUGCUGUUCCCGGCAGGUGGUGGGGUCGCAGCCCCCGGUAACAGGUGAGGGCGGCGGCAGGCGGAGCACUACGAAACCACUUAAUCUUUACUCGUGCGUGUGUAAUGCUACCCAUCCCGGUGAUUGUUAGCUGUGUACCAGGAUAAGUACGAGCGAUAGCGUGGCUUGUACGCAGGGCCUGUGUGAGGACGGUGCGUCUGUCCCCCACCAAGUGCCGGAGCUAUGCUCGCUGCAUGUAUGGUGUGCGUAAUUGCGUUAAUGUCAUAGAUGCAUGAGGGAGGGUUUGUAAGAGAAAUAUGUGCGGAAGCGGAAGAGCACGCACGCUAUGUGUGGACAACUGGACAGCUGGGGUUGUGACCGGUGAAGGCUGCUAGCUGCUGGGCCUGGUUUGCCGAUACUACUGCUGUACCGCCCAUCCCACCUGUACCACUGCGCACAGCACAGGCUUGAUGAACUUGUGAGCGAUUGCAACUGUUGACAGUUGACCGUGUACCUGCCCAGGUUUGUAAGGAUAAGAAGACUCGGCUUGCUUGGGCGUCAGUGUGAGGGUCUUGGAUGGCCGGCAGGUACGCACGCACUGCUGGCAAUGGCGUCCGACAGAAGAGUUCGUACAAACUGUAUCUGCCGUACGAUGUAACACACUAGCUAGCAGUCUAACUGACGACCGUUACUGUCUAGUAUCCGGUGUUGACCGCCACUGAACAUGCUUAAGCCACAUCCAGGCAUGCGAAGGCAGGGUUUUACGCAAGACGAAGCAC